AUGGCUUCUCAGGCCACAUACCAAAUCGCAUCGCCUUCUCCAGUCACUACCGUCGACGAUGAAGAUCCUGAAAUGGUCUUUGUACAACAGAUAGCGUCUCCUGCCACAGUAUUGUCCACCGAGAUUGGGGAUCACCUUCCAUCACCGACACCACACCACACCACACUCGCUAGGGGUAAAGCUCGCAUGGCCUGCGAAUUUCGUGCUCGACGACACCAUCGUCUAGAGGCGACGUAUGACAACGUGAUAAGGAUCGGCAGACUGAUGCUCCCAUUAGCCCAGCAGAGCUUGAAAGCGAAGCUGCAAGGGGACUUCCGGCUGCUCUUGGCUGAGGUAAAUCAGCGCGCAGAAGAACGUUUUGGACGCGGUCAGUACGACAUAACGGAUCUAUACACUCACUUCGAAGCUAUGAAGCUCGUACGGCUAGCUCAAUACGAGAACGACAAGGAAGCCACCGAGAGCAUCUACUCGAAUACCGACAUGCGGCGAUCGUUCCCUAACGUGUACGAGCGACUCGAUUACUGUACAGGCAUAUAUCUACUCGUACUGGGUCAGAUCAGCAAAGGGGAACAAAUCGAUGCAGGAAAAUAG